AGCUAGUAGAUGUAAGAACUGGGAUUCAAAUUCCUGUCUCUCUGAUGUUGAACCACAAAACACUCUUCUGGAAGCAUAUGUGUCCAGGCAAGCUGCCUGGGAGGCCUCGUGUCUAUGGUAACCUCAGCCUUGGUGCAGCUAACUUUAUAGACUUAGUAGGGAACAUUGAGACUCCCUAGGUUGUAAGAGCUAGUGCUCACGCCUCCUUCCCCCUUUUGUGUCCUACAGAUUUAAGAUCUCCAAAGUCAUUGUGGUGGGGGAUCUGUCAGUGGGGAAGACUUGUCUCAUUAAUAGGUUCUGCAAAGAUACUUUUGAUAAGAAUUACAAGGCUACCAUUGGAGUGGACUUUGAGAUGGAACGAUUUGAGGUGUUGGGUGUCCCCUUCAGUCUGCAGCUCUGGGAUACCGCUGGACAGGAGAGGUUCAAGUGCAUUGCAUCAACCUAUUACCGAGGGGCUCAAGCCAUCAUCAUUGUCUUCAACCUGAAUGAUGUGGCCUCCUUGGAACAUACCAAACAAUGGCUCGCUGAUGCACUCAAGGAGAAUGACCCGUCCAGUGUGCUUCUCUUCCUUGUGGGUUCCAAGAAGGACUUGAGUACUCCUGCUCAGUAUGUGCUGAUGGAGAAAGAUGCACUCAAGGUGGCCCAAGAGAUGAAGGCUGAGUACUGGGCGGUCUCUUCUCUCACUGGUGAGUCAGAGGCUUCAGGUCCUCUGCUGUGGUGUUCCUGUCCACCUGGCCUCUCAUUCCUGCCCUUUCAGCUGUGCCCAGUGACUCGAGGCCUGGAACGGCCCCUGAGCACGCAUCUGCCCCAUGCGUCAGGUGAAAAUGUCCGGGAAUUCUUCUUCCGUGUGGCGGCGCUGACCUUUGAAGCCAACGUGCUGGCUGAGCUGGAGAAAUCGGGGGCCCGGCGCAUUGGGGAUGUUGUCCGCAUCCAUAGUGAGGACAGCAACCUCUACCUAACUGCCAGCAAGAAGAAGCCCACGUGUUGCCCGUGAGCGGUAAGGGGGCUGUCCAGAGCCUGCCCAGCCUGGUGCACUGUGCCACCUUGACUGCCUAGAGCUCGACCCUGGACAUUUGCACUGAUUGUUUUUCCAGACCAAAGAGCUGCCCCUUGGUGGCAGUACCCCUGGAGGGGUAGCGGGGACCAUGCUAGUUGCUCCCUGCCCCGGGCACCGUGCCAAAGACUAGAUGUUUCCCCCCUCCUUUGGGGGGCUCUCCAGGGUGCCCAGCAGUGGGGAGGUAAUCCCUGCUGCUUUUGCUUAGCCUGCUGGGCCCUUUUGAGUAUGAGGAUGCUUAAUGAUCCCAGCCUCACACUGUGCCUUAUGUAUUAAAAUCUCUGUUAUUAGCA